AUGGUGGACUCGGAAAAAAAUGCGAAGCCUAAUAGCAGUACUAAUGAUCGAAACAUUGAUACGAUGGAACUGGAUUAUGAACUUCGAAAUGUUGAAGAAGAAAUGCAAAUGGAAAAAAUGCGACAAGCGACUUUUAAAUAUUCUUGGGAAAAUUUUGGACAAUUUGUACGAAAGAAUAUGAUGAAAAUGAAAUCAAAAAUAUGUGUUAAGGAAAGACGAAUGGUAAUUGAUGCAGAUGAUCGUGAAGAUUUGCUUAAAGCCAUUUCAAAUUUGCGUGAUCAUUUACCAGCAGAAAGUGGACGUGAUAUUGCUUCACAGUUACGUAGUCUUGCCGAUAAUUUUGGCGCUGAAUUUCUCGUGCAACCCGGUUCUUUUAAAUUAAAAAGUAUCGAUGUCAUUAUGGAUAUAUCAGUGGAUAAUAUGAUAGUUACACAUUGUAUGAUAUCUUGGUAUGGUGAUAGAUUUUCUGAUGCAAGUUUUUUGCGAAAUCUUAUGAAUAAAGGUAAUUGGGCUGCUAUACGCGACAUUUUGUCGUUUAUGACUCGUCUUAUUCCAUCAAAUCUUGCAAGGGAUGAGAAGAGUUUCUGUUUGAGAUCACUUGAAAUCGCAGAAAAUGAUCUAUUAACUGCUUCGUCUAAUUCUUUUCCAAUGGUAAAAAAGGUUAAUGAAAAUCCGUUUGGAUAUUGCAAACCUCGAACUGAAUCAGUCCCAUUCACUAUUCAUUUCUUCAUUAAUCCAGCACAUUUAUUCGAUCGCAAUACGCUUACCUUUAUAAAUUGUGAAGAAAAUGUUCUGAAAAAAAAAGCUGCAUCCGCUCAUCUUUAUGUAACCGAGUUGCCAUUCCAUACUCAUUCAUUAUUUUCUGAUGUAUCCCUUUUCCAAGGGGAAUGGCGUUCAGUGUCUUCAGGGCGCAAAUUACCUGCGGCAUUUUGUCUUAAGUUUUUGCGGCCUAUCGUUUUUUCCUCUACUGCACUGAAAAUACUUUCGUCUGUAGCCGCUGAUGAACUCAAAGUUGAAGGAAAUCUUAAUAUUUAUAAAUAUCUCAUGAAUAUAGAUAACAAUGAAAACGAUGAGCAAAAAAUAUUAGUGAAUUUUCCGGAUAGUCCAAUAAUUCGUUUUACCAUUGACAAAUCUAUGCUUCAAUCUAACAGUGAUGGAAUACUUCGUGAGAUUUCGUUCAAACAUCCUCGAGAUGUUUCGUUAAUCGUAGAAACUGCUCGCCUUCAAUUAAUUCAUAAUGCACUUUUCGAAAGCUUAUUACAUUCGCCUAUUCGCAAUGUUUCAUCGUCGUUCUCAAAUCUCGAUGUGAAAAUAUAUUCUGCUAAUGUUUCAAGUUUUGAUCUUACUUUUAGUAUCAAAAAAAACCUUUAUAUAGCUCGAGUUAAUUCGGCGACAACCAGUUUAAAUGUAAUACUAGAGAAUGUGUUGAACGGUUUCAUUUCACCUGAAUCUCCGCAAAUAUCCAUUGUACUUAACAAGUGUUGGUCGUUAGCUAUUAUGGUGCGUACCAUUGUUCGAUUAAUCGAUGCAAAUUCAAUAAUGCUUUCAACUGAAAAUUUUUCCUCAGUAAUGGCUGAUGUAGCUGAUGAUAGUGUUAAAAUUUCUAACUGUUGGUUGCCUGUCUCACGCACAAAAUAUAUUACUGACUCGGAUACAGAACCAUUUUAUAAAGUUAUCGAAAGUGGGGAGAAGCCUCCAACUUUAUUGGCCUUAUUGAAAGAACUGGAUGAGAUUGAUGAGUUAAUCGCUCCUCUACACCAUAAUGUUAAUUCACAGGUGUGCAUGGCGCCACCACGGCACGAUAUGCUCAUUCCCCGCACAAAUCGUAUGCAUUCUGAAAAUACAAUGACAAUCAACGCACUUUCUGAUUUGGAUGCUAUCUGCGAUAUGGCGAAGAACAUCGAUGACGGUGAAUCAAACGUUUCAGAACAUAGCGGUAGGUCGUCUAUCGUUGAACGAUAUUCUCCUUCAGCUGUUGAGGCACAACGUUUACGUCCACAAAUGCCUCCACAGUCGCCAUCUCCAGCAACUGAUCGUUAUCGUAGUGGUCAGAUAAGCGGUGUUCCACAAGUAUCACCGUUAGACAUCCCGCGUUCCAGAAUAGUUCAGUCAGCCCAGUCAACAAAUGCAACUGAUGUAUUUGAAUUUGAUGAUAAUCCUCGCAUAUCUUCAUCUGCUACUUUUUCCACAUCAUCUCAAUUCCAUUUUUCUGGUGGUCCACAAGCGCCUUAUCUCUUUCCUAGCAUACAUACUUCGCGAGGGUCAUUAAAUGCUCCAGCAGCGAAACGUCGUGGUCGUGCAAGGAAAGCUGGGAAUAUUGGUGACCGGGUUAGCGAACAACAUGCGGGUCAGGUGGUUGACCCGAUUACAGGAAUGGUUAGUGGCGUGAUGAAUGUUCCAAUAAGAAAACCAAGGGGUUCUUCGACUACUAGGCGUCCAAGAAGGCCACGUAAAGCUGCUCAGUUGGUUGGCGUUCCAUCUCAUCCGCAUCAAUUUGGUAUGGAAAGACCAAUUUUACAACGAUCUUAUUCAGAAAUGUUAUGUGGUGAAGGCCAAUUGAAAUUUAUAAAAAAAAUUUAUUCGACUGCUGCCUCGCCUGCUCCUUUGACUAUUAGUAAUAUUGAACCGAUGUCUGAAAUAGAUGUAAUCGAAGAAUCAUCUGAUGAGGAAACAGAUCCACCACCACCAGUUAAAGCAGUUACGAUACCAAAUGUUCCAUUGUCUACAGCUUCUGUGUCAUCAACACCAUCUACUUCAUUGGCUAACACUACAUCUACGCCAUCGUCAUUGGCACCCAAAAUGGCGCAUCUUUCUUCUGUAUCGGUGGCAUCAACUAACGUAUUAUUUUCAAGCUCAGCAUUACUAUCUUCAUUAUCAUCAGAAGCUUCUGAACCGAAAGUACAGACAAGUUCCACAUUUCCAACGGCUCUUGCCAGCAAUAAUUCUUCUGUUUCUGUUGCCAGUAAACAUGAUACUGCAACUGCAAAAUCAAGAAAAGGUAGUUUAGAAGCCGUUGUUGGUAAGCUACAGUCGAAAUCAGCAUCUGUUGUAUCCGCAGCUAAUCCGUAUACUGCUUCUGAUAUUUAUGAUGAUGAAUCGGAACCGUCUUCUAAAGUUUUCGAGGUUACAUUUUGCAAAAUGUUUUAUGUAGCUCUUUCAACUUCAUCAAAACGUGAGAAACCUCCAACACCUUUGACUUGUUUAUCAUCUGGUGCACGAGCAUCACCAAAUACGAAAACAGCAUCGAAUGCACCAACUGACCAACCUGCAUCUGAUUUAAAAAUAAUGAUUAAGAUAAAACCACAAAAAUCGCCUCGCUCGCAUUCACCUCUUCAACAUUCAUCAAACGUUUCGCCCAACAGAAAAAAGUCAAAAGUUGCAAUUUCUAAACAUAUUUUCACUGAAUUUAGGCCAGUUGCACGUUUAACUGGUCAGCCACCAUCAUCAUCAGCGAGGUAUAAGGAUGAAAAGGCUCUAUUAAAGCAAAAACAAUUAUGGGAGAAAACGAGAGCAAUGCAAGAAGAACGUAACCGAAAAGCUUUGAAAAGGGAGCGAAAACUUGACAUCGCAAAAAGUAGCAAGAAACCGAAAUUAGAUCGAACCGUGGAACAAAGGCCAUCGUCAUCUUUGCCAUCGCGCGCAAUAUUACCGCAAUCUCUUGUAUCAAAUAGUCUUAGAAAUUUUAAAAUUCCCAAGGUUUUACAAUCUAUGGACAAUGAUAAGUGUGAUCAGUCAACAACAGUGAAUAUGACGACAGCAUCAGCCCCCUCGAUGACAACAGCUGCUUCAUCAAGUAGCAGUUAUUCUGCCCCUCAAGGAACUGGUCAUUCUAGUUAUUCUGGAAAUGCCCAUUCCGUUUCAUCAUCAGGAAAUAAUCCAACCUCAUCAUCGAUAUUUCCUCCGAAACCAGUCAAAUCAAUUCUUAAAUCAUCUUCAUCGGAUAUGCCAAUGUUUCGAUCAUCACUUGGUAUGCCACCGAUGAUGAGCGGCCGUCGACCGCUCUUACCAGACCCACGAAUGAUGAUGCAUUAUCCAUCUAGGUCUAUGGCUUUGCCACCUCGUAUGUUACCACCGUCAAUGAGCGGUUCUGUCUUAUCAUCUUCUGGACGUUGGAUGGCCUUAGCGCCUCAGAGGCAGCCUUCUCCCAAAAGUCCUCUAGAGCAAGCUGUAACCCAGUCAAUAAAGAGUCCCGAAAGUAUCCCGUAUUCACGAACACUUGAUAGUCCAUCUGAGGCAUUGAAAAUAGUUGCAGAUGACGAUUAA